AGAAGGACAAUCAGGAACAAAUGAACAAAAUUCAAAAGGACAGUCAGGAAUAACAAAUGAACAAAAUCCACAGGGUCAAUCCAAACAAAAAGGAGCAAAAACACCAUCAACGAAUGGAAAACAAGAAACUGAGCAGACAAAUAAACAAGGAAAAGAAAAAGAACAAGAAACAAGUGGAACAAAUGAUGGACAACAUGAUACAACAAAAGAAAAAGAUGAUAACGGAACAAAUGAAAGUGAUGAAAACAACAAACCUAAAACUCCAAAUGGGCAAGAAGAAGGAAAAAAUACAACAGACAAUAAAACUCCAAAUACUCCAACAAAUAAACCAGAGUCUAAAUCUGAAAAUAAAAACGAUGAUAAAACAAAUAAUAGUGAAGAUGAAGAUUCAAAUAGUAAUAAAAACAUCGAUGGAGCAUCAUGCCUGUUUAUUAUUCUUGGUGUUAUCAUCACCCUUUUAUUCUUCUAA